AUGGCUGAAAUCUCUGAGUCGCCUGCGGGCGAGAAAGGCGCCUUUGAAGCCAAAGAUGCGCAGAGCGUGAGCGGAUUGACGAAACGCGUCGUGAAGGUCGAAUCUGCCAGCCCCAGCCCCAGCGAGGGGCUGGAACGCUCCUCGAGCGAACAACCUAGUGAAGAUGUUGUCUACGUGAACGGGCACCCUGUCAUUCGCAAUGGUGACGAUGUAUCAAACUUUCUGAUAUCGCCUCGGGACGAUGGAGAUCCGUCCCUGACCUUCCGAUCUAUCUUCCUGGGUUCGGUCUUCACGGCUUUGUCCAGUGUGAUCACAAUGCUUUACAUCUUCAAGCCAUUCCAGAUCCAGGUCUCGGCUGUGUUUAUUCAAUUGCUUGUGUUCAUCUUUGGCGAAGCUUGGUACCUUCUCACACCCUCGCCGGAUCGUUUCAAAUGGAAAUGGGUCAAAGCAAUUCUUCGCUUCCUGAACUUUGGUCAAAAGUUUGGCAUCAAAGAGCAUGUCGUCGCCGCUCUCAUUGCUUCAUCUGGCAACAAUGGUCUCUCCGGCGUGGAGAUUUAUGCUGUCGAGCGACUCUUCUACAACAAGGCAGUCGCCGCUUCUACUGCCGUCCUUGCCACGUUCUCCAUUGGGCUUUGUGGCUUCGUGCUGGCGGGCAUCCUUCGCCCCCUUAUUGUCUAUCCGGCUGAGAUGGUCUACUGGUCUACUCUACCGCAGGUUGUGCUGUACCAAAACCUGCACUUCGACACGCGCCAGAACCGAGAUCGCCUCAUCAAGUUUGCCUGGGCAGUCGGCAUUGCUGCCGUCUGGGAGUUCUUCCCUGCCUACAUCAUGCCCUGGCUCGGAGGUAUCUCCCUCUUCUGCCUCGCGUCCAUGAAUGCCCCGAGCAACACGCGCACCAUCAUGUCCAAGAUCUUUGGAGGUGCCUCCUCGAACGAAGGAUUAGGUCUGCUGAACUUCUCUCUCGAUUGGCAGUACAUUCAAAGCGUGUACCUCUCCUUGCCCUUCAAACAGCAGGUCAACACGUGGAUCGGGUACGGCAUCUACUAUGUGGCCGUGCUCGCUCUGUACUUUGGCAACGCCUUCAACGCAAAGAACUUCCCAUUCAUGUCGUCUUCACUGUUCCAGAGCAACGGCACCCGCUUUAUGACGACGUCCAUCAUGACUCCAGCCGGCACUAUCGAUAACAACAAGCUCGCCGCAACCGGUCUGCCGCAUAUCACAGCAGCCAGCGUGUGGGGUUAUUUCACACAGAACCUGGCUAUCGGGGGUCUGAUAUCGCACGUCUUGAUCUUCUACCGCAAAGACAUGAUCAAGGCUUGGAAGCAGGCACGCACAAGGACGCAGCCAGAUAUCCACUACCAAGGCAUGCUCAAGUACAAGGAAGUCCCAAUGUGGUGGUACUACGCCCUCUUUGCCCUGGCCUUCUUCGCCGGGCUGAUCGUCAACAUCAAAGGCGACACGACCUUGCCGGUCUGGGGCUACAUCGUCGCCCUCCUGCUCGGCAGCUUCAUCGCCCCGUUCUCGUGCAUCCUCUACGGCCUGUACGGGAGCGGCAUCGGCACCAACCAGAUCUCAAAGAUGGUCGCCGGCGCCGUCCACCCGGGCCGGCCCCUAGCCAACCUCUACUUUGCCAGCUGGUCCCACCAGUGCAUCCUGCUCGCCGUCAACCUCGCCAACUGGCUCAAGAUCGGGCAGUACACCAAGGUGCCCCACCGCGUCAUGUUCGCCACCCAGGUCUACGCCACGCUGCUCGGCGCCGGCCUCAACUACGCCGUCAUGACCACCAUCGUGACCAACCAGCGCGACAUCCUCCUCGACCCCCUGGGCAACAGCAUCUGGAGCGGGUCCUUCAUACAGAGCCUCAACGCCCAGGCCAUCACCUGGGCGCUGGCCAAGGACAUGUACAGCAGGGACGGCCCGUAUCUCAUCGUGCCCCUCGGCAUCGUCAUCGGCCUGUUGCUGCCCGUCAUGCACUGGGCCGCCAUCAAGGUCUUCCCGCGCCUGGAGAAGUGGCCGCUCAACACCGCCCUCAUCGCGCAGUACGCGGGAUACGUCGUCUUUGGGACCACGUCCUGGAUCUGGUCCUCGAUCGCGGUCGGCGUCUUCUCCCAGUUCUGGCUGCGCCGCCGCGUGCCGCGGAUCUACAACAAGUACAACUACCUGAUCGGGGCGGCGCUGGACGGAGGCGCCCAGAUCGUCAUCUUCAUCCUGUCCUUUGCGGUGUACGGGGCGAGCGGCACCGCUCAUCCGUUCCCGACCUGGUGGGGUAACCCUGACGGCAAUCCGGAUCAUUGCAAGUGA